AAGCUGAGAGGAGAUUGUCUCUGUACUGGAUUACAGGUAAGUUUUUAAUAUUUUUUGCAGCUUUUUAUUUUAGGUUCCCUACAUCUAAGCUAAAAAAAAAUAAAAUAAAAAAUAAACUACUCCAACUUAAAAAUAGACAUAUUUAUUUCAAACUUUAGAGUAUUCCUUUAAGUAACAGCUGAAUUAACUAUUUUUUGUAGAAUUAGACCUCUUUCUGGCAAUUCACUCUACAAUUGUUAUGAGACUUCUACUGUGUCCUUUUCUACCUUUUAAAUUGUAUCAUCCUAAUAAAGUCAGUGGUCGAAUUCCUCUUGCCAAAACACUUUACUGCCUUGCAUAAGUAUUUAUCCACCUUUGAAGUCCUACAUUUAUUAGUGUUACAACAUAGGCUUUCUUCUCUAUCAUCACUUAUGUGUGGGGUGUAUGGGACUGAUGAAUUGAGUGGGGAUCUCAGGAACAUACAAAGGUACAAAGGAAGGUGCAAGCUGAACUCUUCUUAAUGUUCUUCAGCUGCUCCUCCCUUUACUAUAUGAGCUUUCGAAAAUACGUUUAUAAAAACAGAUGAGAUGAGAGAAACUGCUUCAUAAUGUAAGUGAACCAUCCAUUCCACUAGUAUUCCAUGUGCAGGUGGUGACAGGAAAAUAAAAAUUAAUAAAGGGAUGGCAAUUUAAAGGGACACUAUGGUCAACAGAACAACUAUAGAUACAAUGCAGUUGUUCUGGUGUGUACAGUAUGUCCCUGCAGGCAUUUUAAUUUAAACAUUGCCUUUUCAGGGUUUACAUUGCAGCCUAGGAACACCAUCAGUGGCAGUCACUCAGACGGCCAAUAGAGGUGCUUCUUGGGUCAGUCCUGCACAUUGUGGAGAUGCUGAUUGGUGCAACGCGGCAUUUUGUUGCGCAUUCGCCUCCCGAUACUUUCCAUGGAAAUGGGGUAGGGGCAGGGGCAGAGCCAUCGCCUUUUUGGAGGGGGGCAACUGGGGCUGAACACCUAAAUGGUGUUUUAACACUAUAGGGCCAGGAAGACAAGUUUGUGGUCCCGAUCUUAUAGUGUUCCUUUAACCCCUUAAAGACCAAACUUCUGGAAUAAAAGGGAAUCAUGACAUGUCACACAUGUCAUGUGUCCUUAAGGGGUUAAUCUAUUAACACUCAUUAACAUAGGGGGAGGUUAUAUCUGAAAUCUUUGCACUAUGUAGUCACCCGUAUGUAAUUCACCUGCGGGAUGUCAACGUAACAACUUUAGACUAUGUAUGUAACAAAAUAUUGUCCUACAUAAAACCAUCCACCUCACAUGUGGUCAAACACCAUUAUGUCAAACCCUUUAAUCUCACACUAGGUUAACAGGGUAUUCUGAGGAAAUGGCAUGUGAUUUCUGUCCCUUUACCAUUCCCACUGGUUGGAGCAGAAGAAGAGUAUUGUGAUUAUUGCACUCUAUAACCUGAAUUGUGUAAAUAAAAACAGAAUGCAAAAGAAGAAAUCAGAAUGGUUUGAACUUUGGUAAUGUUCCGUUCAGGUGACAGAUAUCGGCUACUAUUACAAUCUAUGCAUACAUUGGUCCACGAAAUAAUGCAGUCUUUGCAUGCUCUAGCAACUGAUGUUUUACAGCACACACAGGAAUAUAUUGUCAUAGAAACACAUGAUAGUCCUCUGCCAAGAUCCAGCUAAGAAACCACUAGCAGAUUUGUUGUUAUGGUACAGUGCAUUAUCAGUUCCACCAAUAGUAAAGAGAUUAACAUUAAAUAAAUUACAACCUCAAAUCUCAUCUCUGUUUAGUAAGGCAGCUAUUAGUAGAAAAGCACAAAGGUCAAGGAUAGUCAUGGGAAAAGAAAAUCCUUUUUUUUUUUAUCCCUGGCUCUUUAUAAAUGUUUGCUCUGAAUCUCUGAACUCCGUAUAUUUCUUUACUGUAAACGCAACACAAAUGGUGCGUACGGACAAAAAUAUUUCUGCACAUCUGCAGUACUUGACAUUUAUGCAGCUUUUUGGCAGACGUUUCAAAAUUACUUUUUUUUUUUUUUUUUUUUUUAAUACUCACUUAAUAGGAGUGUCCGAAAACAUUUCCAACACUGAGCCAGAUACUUGAAUCAGUGUCAGACACAGAUCUGGGAUAACUAAAUUCAGAACCAGCAGAACACAACAGAAAUUAUUAUAGAGCUGGUAAGUAGAGCAACACAUUAUUUUAAAUAUAAUACCUAAUGUUUAUGGCCCACUUUGAAGUUAGAUAUGAACUUAAAUAUUAUUUUUGUUGAUAUUCAGAGAUAUUGUGACGUAAUUACUAUAGUUUUUACAAUUAAUUUCCCUUGUAAAUCAGAAUGGAAAAUAGUUAGCUCACAGGGGAUUAUUAGAUGUUCCUCAUAACUUUUUAGAGAAAUAAUGCAAUUAUAAUGCAAUUAUAGAAAAGCACAUGUUACUUAAGGCUUUUGGAACCUACUUAAAACUGCUUUGUUUUAUACAUCACAUGAUAAACAGGCGUUCGUUGACGGAGUGGGGAGAAUAUAACCUUCCAAAUAUAUUUUGCAUUUUAAACCUCACCAUCAGAAUGGAGUAUUUUAGAUACUUUAGGUGUUUUCUGAGUUAAGAUGAAAUGUUGCUUCAUUCCUCAGAAUAUUGCUUAAUAUGCAGCUAUGAGAGUAAUUUUAGACUAAUGGAGAAUUAGGGUUUAAUGGUUUAAGGCUUAAAGGAAAAAGGCAUACAAGGUGUUUAAGAUUUGUGGACUAAGGGGCGUAGGAAUAGAAUUUCUAAGACGCAAUGCACCCCCAAACCCUAUUUCACUGGAUAUACUGCUGGUCACAGAAGCACUGACAUUGUUGUAAUGUCAUUCACUAAUAGAAAGAGCUAUAUGUUGAAUGCAGAAACAUUAUAUAAUUGCUAAAAUGACAAAAAAGCCUUUGUAUAAUCAACAUGUUAAAAUUUGUUCCUACUAGAACUUUAAAAAUCUAUGCAGGUCUUGCUUUAAACUAAAAGUUAUUUAAAACUGUUGAAAGCAGGGCGAGACUGGAAUAGCAAUUUGUCUGGGGCAUUUAAAGACAGAGUGUCAGGGGACCCUGCAUCAUUCUGGCAUAAGGAUCACUCCACUCCAAGCAGCUUUUAUACCGGUGGUGAUGCAGUCAUUCCAUCAUAUCAGCAACAGUGUCAAAUUACAUUUUGGCAUCGCUUUGAUGACGCAACACGCUAGGUCUAUUUAUCCUCAGUCCGUCAGGAGACCUGUGCCCUGUUCUGGUCUCUAGUUUUGUUUAUUGUGGUUUUCUACUUCUGUUUGUUGAGUAGUAUAGAAAUAGGAAUUCUCCAAUCCUGACCUUGUCAAUUAUCCACUCUCUUGCUAUUUUGAUCUCCCUUGACUUUUCUUUUGACCAUUCUACCUCUGUUGUACACAUUAAGCCCAGCCACCUCUAAGAACCGGUAAUACAUUACUAUUUCUCUGUGCUCACCUAGGAUUGCAUGUUGGAAAAUUGCAUAUUACUGACUCAGAGCAACCAAUGGGAGGGUGAGGUUAAAGAGUUCUAUGAUCAUUAUCGUUAUUAGCAUUUACAUAGUACCGACACAUUCCGUAGCGCUUUACGAUUAUAGCAUGGGGAUGUUUGGCAAGUAUUUGACAUACAAUUAACAGUGACAGAGACAAGGAAUCAUGAAGUCUCUAUUGAAACGCGUUUAUAUUCAUCCCCAAUAACAAGCAUUCACCUCCUGCCAGGGCUGGACUGGCCCACCGGUACUGGGAAAUAUUCCAGCCCCGGUCUCAUUAAGCUGCGCGCUGGGGAGCAGAGACACAACAGCUAGCUCAAGUAAGCUCAAGUAACAAGUAUGUACGUCAGUCUGUCAGUGGGAGUGUAUGUGUGUGUGUCUGCAUCAUGGUGUGUGUGUCUGUGUCAUGGUGUGUGUGUCUGUCUGUGUCAUCGUGUGUGUGUGUGUCUGUGUCAUGGUGUGUGAGUGUGUGUCUGUGUCUCGGUAUGUGUGUGUCUGUGUCAUGUAAUGUGUGUGUCUGUGUCCCGGUAUGUGUGUGUCUGUGUCACGGUGUGUUUGUAUCAUGGUGUGUGUGCGUCGGUCUAUGUCAUGGUGGGUGUGUGUGUCUGUCAUGGUGUGUGUCUGUCUGUGUCAUGGUGUGUGUGUCUGUCUGUGUCAUCUAUUGUGUGUCUGUGUCACGGUGUGUGUGUGUGUGUGUCUGUGUCACGGUGUGUCUGCAUCAUGGUGUGUGUCUGUCUGUCUGUGUCAUGGUGGGUGUGCCUGUCUGUUUCUUGGUCUGUGUCAUGGUGUGUCUGUCAUGGUAUGUGUGUGUCUGUCAUGGUAUGUGUGUGUCUGUCAUGGUAUAUGUAUGUGUCAUAGGGUGUGUGUGUGUCUGUCAUGGUGUAUGCGUGUGUUUUUAAAAAUAGUGUUUUUACUCACCUUUUUUUUUUCCAGUGUCUUACUGGUCUCCCCUCGACAGGCCCUGCCUUUAUGUCUGAGAUCAUCAAGCUUGAUGAUCUCAGCCAAUCCGCACUGACACAGGAAGCACCUCUAGUGACUGUCUGAGUCACUAGGAAGCAAUGUAAGCACUGCCUUUUUUCUGAAAAGUCAGUGUUUACAUUGAAAAGCCUGCAGGGACAGGAUAUAGACACCAGAACCACUACAUUAAGCUGUGUUUGUGUGUUUGUGUGUGUGUGUGUGUGUGUGUGUGUGCGCGUGCCUGCUACUGAGUGAGCUUGCUUGCAUGUGUGUGUGUGUGUGUGUGUGUGUGUGUGUGUCUGCCUGCUAGUGAGUGAGCUUGUGUUUUUAUGUCAAUGAGCUUAUGUAUAUCAGUGAGAUUGUUUGUCUAUGAGGCUGUGUAUCAAUGAGCUUGUGUGUGUCAGUGAGAUUGUCUGUACUGUAUAAUUAAACGUUUUACUCUGAAAGGACCAAUAUUUUAUAUUAGAAAAAGCAAUAUAUAUAUAUAUAUAUAUAUAUAUAUAUAUAACUCAAUCAUCUGGGUGGCAAGACAUAGCCUGACAUAUUACAUGCAACAAUAUAUGGCGCAAUGACUUUUGGGGCUGGCAUAGAUUUUUUUUCCAGGGCUGCUUUGUAUCCCCAGUCCGGCCCUGCUUCCUGCAGAGCCCAUUCUCAGAACCGUUCUGAAAUGCUGUUGCAUGGGUUAAUGUUUAUUUAGCACAGCACAAGCACAUUUAGGGAGUUGCUUGCUCUGCAUUUUUUUUAUGGUAUCCCUAGAGGGAAUGUGAUAAGGGUUACUGUUGGUGUUGUAUGUGCGAGGAGGCUGCUUAUGGUGCUGCAAGUGUGGGAUGAGACUACUUGUGGGUUUGAUUGUGUGUGGAGGGGUUGUAGUGUGUAUAGGUGGGGGCUGUUUUGAGUGUAUGUACCUGUAUGUGUUAAGUGGACUGUUUGUGGUGUGUGUAUGUAAGUGUAUGUUUGUAGUAUGUGAGUGUAAAUAGGAGAUGUUUGCGUUGUGUGUUUCUGUGUGUGGAGAGGGCUAUUUGUUACAGAAACAUAGAAACAUAGAAUGUGACGGCAGAUAAGAACCAUUCGGCCCAUCUAGUCUGCCCAAUUUUCUAAAUACUUAUAUUAGUCCCUAGCCUUAUCUUAUAGUUAGGAUAGCCUUAUGCCUAUCCCACGCAUGCUUAAACUCCUUUACUGUGUUAACCUCUACCACUUCAGAUGGAAGGCUAUUCCAUGCAUCUACUACCCUCUCAGUAAAGUAAUACUUCCUGAUAUUAUUUUUAAACCUUUGUCCCUCUAAUUUAAGACUAUGUCCUCUUGUUGUGGUAGUUUUUCUUCUUUUAAAUAUAGUCUCCUCCUUUACUGUGUUGAUUCCCUUUAUAUAUUUAAAUGUUUCUAUCAUAUCCGCCCUGUCUCGUCUUUCCUCCAAGCUAUACAUGUUAAGAUCCUUUAACCUUUCCUGGUAAAUUUUAUCCCGCAAUCCAUGAACCAGUUUAGUGUGCAGUAAAUAACAAUGUUCCUAUUACUAGUCAGGUAAUAUGCAAAUAUGACUGAUACUGUACAGUCCAUCACUCUGCAGAGACUUAAGGUAUUUCAAUGUAGAUCCUAGCUGCUAGAAGGCUAUAUCGUCACAGUAAAACAUUCAAAAUAAACAAUUUACCGAUGACCUAAGAAGACCAGGUUGAGUGUAAAUAAAUGAAUAAAAUCUGUUUGUUAUGUUAAUCUAGUUUCAAUUAUUGGUUUAACUUGCAUAAAAAGCAAAUAUAAAAAAGCUUACAGUAUAAGCAUUAGGAUAAAGUUCAUUAUAUUUAACUGUUCUGUACUUUCCCCUUUACAUAAUUAAUAAUCUGGUAGAGAUAGAUAAGUAUCGCUAUGACAGUCUGUUUAAAAGAAAAUUCUUCAAGUCCCUGCGAAUUUUUCCUGAUAUAACAUAAAUAUAUAUUGUAAACAUUCAGGUUUGCAUGAAACAUUCUAUAAACAUGAAUGCUGUAUUAAAAAGAUCCGUCUCCAAGAUUUUAAUUCAGCAGUCUGAAUGUUCUGGUACCAUGGCUUUAUAAAAUGACUAACAAGAUUUUAAUUCAGGGAUCCCCAACUUUCUUUUCAUAAUUUAGAACAACAUUAUCAAGUUGGAAAGACCCAUUCAAAUAUUUUCUAUCUUGGCUAAAAAUAUUUAAACUGGCUUCCAACCCACCAAAACGUACUGUUUAUUAAAUACUACACUCUGGAAUAGAUUUACAUAAAGGUGAAAACAUUUUUUUUAUUGUGACGACCUAGGAUAUAGAACCCUAUGAAUUCUACCCAGAGUUUUUAAUUCUUACUCCAAUCUAAGAGUCACACAGUCUGUAACUAUAUCCUUCAUAUUUUAAUUGAUUCACAAUAUUUGAUCCUCUCCAAAUAUGUGUUUCAUACAAGUUAUACCUAGAGUAAAAAAACCUAGGAUGAACACAGUAUACUCACUUAGCGAUAUUUAGGGAGAUGACAAUUGCCACAACUGAUGAGUUAUUUGAUUACACAAUUCCACAGGGUACAUAGCAAGAGAUCAUGCAUUUUUAUUAUGAUAAUACCAAUUUCUUUGCUGAAUGAUAAUUAUAUUAUUUUAUCUCUAUGUUUCUCUCUAUGUCCAACAAUGUGACCAAGGUAUAAUAAAAAUACAACACUUACUGAAAAGCCCCUCUUAACUUUCCUAUUGUUCCAGUGCUGUUAAAAGUGAAGAAUACAAUGAACAUUCUGUCUGCCACACUCCCACUCUCUUACUGUACAAGAAGUACAAGAACAUCUAUGGUUUAAUAUACAUUGCCUGCAUUCCUGCAGAGCAGGAAGCAGAAGAGGGAGAGGGCUCUAGAAUACUACAGUGUUUAUGUGCAUGCUAAAAUAGCAGCAGAGUGUUCUAUAAUGUAUAGAUGACUUUAACAUGUAAACGGGAAACUGUACUUCCCAAAGCACAAUUAUGUUUCUUAUAAUUACCCAUACAUGGGGAUUGUAUACAUUUUAUUCAUACAUAAGAAUUUUUUAACAUACUAAUCUCACACCCUCUUUGAUAGAUUGCAAAGCAAGGGAUCCUGUAUAAGCUCUGAAAUGGUAUCUAUCUACUUUUUCAGUAAGGGCCCAGCAAACAAAUGACACUUUAAAAAUUGCAUAAAACGCAAUUGCAUUUUCAGGUAUCUCUGAACAGCUAUCUACACAAAAAGUCUCAUGUCCCGUGAAUGUGUUAAAUAGUCUUUGUAAAUUUCAAAGAAAUGCUAGAUUGUGUAUUUUACAAUCACGGACCCAAAGAGUUAAAUAAUAAAUCUCCAACAGAAUUACAUGUUGUAUGUUUAUUAAGUCACCAGACGGUUUUAUAAUGUAAUGCAAUGCAAUAAUGACAUGUUAUAACAAAACCCUGUGACUGGCAACGUGGGGAGCACAGGACUGCACAAGAAUUGAAUUCCUAGAAUACAGAACUUGGGAAAUAGAAGCCUACUCUUACAGGCAGUGUGUAAAUGUUAUUAAAAAAGAUGUUCUAUUUUCAGUAAAUCAACACAUAUGGUGACAAAUAGGUUGUGUCAUAUCAGUGUGUUAAUUCUGUGAUAAGUACACAUUAACAAUAAUGUAUCAGUAAUUUGGUUGAUGAAAGGUAAUCAUGUACUGUGGUCAGUAAAUCUACACAGAUGUUUAAAAAAUCUGGAUGUGGGUGGUGUGAGAAGUGAAUAAGUUAUUAUAUGUAAAGUGCAUUAAGCAGAAUAAUAACAUAAACCAAAGUUCAAAUAUAUGAAGUAUUUAAAUCUCAUUUUAGAGUAGCAUCAUGCGUUUGCCUUUAAUCACUUAAAGGGACACUAAAGUCACCAGAACAACCACAGCUUAAUGUAGUUGUUCUGGUGAGUAUAAUCAUUGCCUUCAGGCAUUUUAAUGCAAACACUGCCUAUUCAGAGAAAAGGCAGUAUUUACAUUGCCCCCUAAGGACACCUCCAAGUGGCCACUCCUUAUAUGGCCACUGGAGAUGCUUCCUGGGGCAGUGCUGCACAGUAGGCAGCACUGCCGUUCAGCGUCUCCACGCUCCUGAUGGGGACAUUGAAUUUUCCUCAUACAUAUGCAAUGAGUCAAUGCAUCUCUAUGAGGAGGUGCUGAUUGGCUAAAAUGGUGUUUGGCCCCACCCCGUCCCACCCCCAUAGGGAAAGCAUUAGAUUGGCUAAAAAUCUGCAAUUCUGAUGAUGUCACCAAGGAUAAAGCAUAUAAAGUAUAAAGAAUAAAAGCAUCAAUUACUUUCUUACCAGACUUCUGAGUGCACUCUUGUUUAUAAACAUAUAUAAACAUUUUAAGUGUAUUUUGUUAUAAAUACUAAAUAUCAAAACACAUCAUUUUAAGAUUUACUUUAUUUAAUUCUAUGUGUAUGUAAAAUCACAUGGAAUUAAAAAAAAAUUUAAAUUAUAAAAAUGUAGUUUGAUAUUAUAUUGUCAUAUCAAAAUACACUGAAUUUUUAAAAAAUAUAUAUAUUUAUUAUUAUUUUUAAAUUUUAAGUGUAUUUUUCUUUUAUAUAUAUAUAUAUAUAUAUAUAUAUAUAUAUAUAUAUAUAUAUAUAUAUAUAUAUCAAAAUAUAAUAUCAGAAUACACUUGGAAUGAAAUUAUUUCUAUGUGUAUAUUUAGGAUUAUGAUUUUACAUAAUUAUGUAAUUGUAUUAAUUACAUAUUGGGGGACCUGUCUGACCACACAGGCAGAAAGUCCAGAUAAUUUAAUUUGCAAGCCCUAUAUUUAACCCUGUAUCUUUCCAAAACCCACAAAACCUGUACAUGGGCAUAGUGUUGUACUCGUGAGACAUCACUAAACACAAAGAUGCGCAUUUUAUUGCAGGUAACAGUAUUACGACAUUCACAGUUAAAAUGCCCUGCAGAAUUUGGAAAAUAAAAUGUAUUAAUUUCUCACACUUUUCUUUUUAGAUUUUAUCCAUUUUAAAUUAAUUUCAUAUAUAAAUAUUUGAUGUAAAUUCAAGCCCUAUUUCUCCUAAACAAAAUCAUAUAUAAUAAGUGUAAGUGCACUUAAUAUGAAAGAGGUGAAUUAUGGCUGAACAGACAUAUAGCUCAAAAUCUAGGUUUUGUUCUGGUUCAGAACUUGUACAAUUGCCUCCAUCCUUAUAAACUGACAUUAAAUAAAUGAGAAGUGAAAAUUACGUGUCCUUUUUAACAUUUUAUGAAACUUAAUGAUAUAUUUUUAAAUUAUGUACAUAGAUUUUUGGCAAUAAUUUUACUUUUUUUUUUAAUCUGGCUUAGCAACCAUGUUGAGUCAGACUCUACUGUCAUCUAGCCAACUGCUGCUCAACCUAACUUGCCUGCUGCUGUGGUUGCGCAGUACGAAACUACACCAGCAGGCAAAUUAGUGUAAGCAGUAGUUGGUCAGACAAGAGCAGAGUCUGAUCCAACAUGGCUGCUGAGUUAGAUAAAAAGGUGAAAAUGUAUCAAAUAAAUCAAUAUACAUCAUUAAAAAAUGUAUAACUAAAUUUAAUUUAUUGUAAAAAACUUUUGAAAAAAUGAGAAGUAUAAAUUUGAGGACAUUUAUCAUUUAAAGGAACACUGUAGGCACUAAUGGACUCCAGCCACUAUAACCACUUCAAUUUGUUGAGUCGUUAUGGUACCUGAAGUGUUUCUUUAAAGUUUUGGCAUGUGCAUCAUAUCCUGGCUGAUUUAACAUUGCCCCUUAAGGCAUAAUUUCAGUGGCCUACUGACCAUAUAAAAUAUUUAAAGGUCAAUUGAUCCCCUCCUAACCUUACUUUACAUUAGCUACAUUCCUCUGCUAGAAAGCAUAUCCAUUGACCCCAAGAUGUGACAUUUCCUGUAUACCACUAAGCCAGGAUGGAAAGCUGCUAAAAAUGAAUGUUCUCCCACGCUUUCUCUUUUUCUUCCAAAUGCUUCUUGGCACGCUCCCUCCUCCUUUUUUAAGCAGCUAACCAGAAGCAUUAUCAAAUAUAUUUGGCUCAGCUCCAACUCGCAUUUGAGGAUCUUGAUCCACAUGAUUCACAAGAAUUGUGGAAAAGCCAAUCUUACUCAUAUUUUAUUUACAUUAUUAUGCAGCUCUCUUACAGUCAUUGACAGGAAUCAUUAUCUGACUACUAAAUGGUGGCGAUAAAUACACCAGGAACAUACGCUCUAAUCAUUCUAGAUCACCCCAUUCAUGAAACCACCAAUAUCCCAUAUAUGCAAUCUUAUCUCACUUGGAAUUUUAAAAGAUACCUCAUUUAAGGGGAAGUGUAUUACCCCAUGACUAAUUUCAUACAUAACCCUGCUUUCCCUCAAAGUAUGGUUUUCAUCUGCUCCACAUUACACCCUAGGGCAAAAGGGAAAAGGUUCCACUUCAGACUUACACUCAAAGAUCUAUAAUCUUAAAUCCAUAGUUGCAUAUAUUGCUAUAUAAUUAGCCCACAAAUUAUAAUUUAAAUUAAUUAACCGAAGGCAAACUAAAGAUAUAGUCAACAUGUACACACACAGACUGAAGAACAAUGUACUUUUAUCAUAACAUACCACCAUGCCAUUAUAAUUUUACAUUUUAAAAUUAAUCAUACACAUAAUAACCAACAAACGCACAUUCGUAGCUCAUAUAAAUAUGCCCUUCCAUCAGAAAACCAAAUAACUACUAGUCUCAGAUAGUCUUUACUACAGAGUGGUCAAUACAGAUAGCUCUUAUAGAUAUGGUAAAAGUUCAUUAUCCCUGUUGUUUUAGAUAAGAACAGGAUUUAAAGAAAAACCUAGACACUAUCACACAUUUUAAAAGGUACUCAACAGAUAUCAUGACUAAGAUAACUCAAAGACAUAGCUUGUGGCAGUUGAAAAAGACACUCUUAUUCCAACAUAAAAAUAUCAAGCACAAUUUUGCUGAAGGAUACUUGAGUGCAUCUGCAUUACCAAUAAUUAAGCACUUUCUUGGAAUUCUACCCUCUAAUUCUGAUUCUCAGGCUCCUGGCUUUCCUUAGAUUAAAUUAUCAAGUGAACAUAUAAAAUAUGACCUGGAUGAGUAAGGGUAGACCAUUAUUGUAGUGUGUAAAUGUACAAAUACAGCUUUCCGUAGUGAAGUCCAUGCAAACUGGAUAGAAUUAGGAUUAAGAACUAUAAAAUAGUUCUAUUCCAGAAACAUCAAUUUGCCGUGGAACUAGCAAUCCUUAGGAUAUAAAAUAUGCCAUCAAAAACAUAUUUUAAAAAAUGCAUGUUUGGAUUUAGUAUGCAGGAGAAUUAACCAACUAAAUGUAGUAACUGAGUCUCAUCAACUAGCAGGUAUAGUUGUUAUCCCAUUAUAUAGGAUAGAAUAAUAAUCAUAAUAAUAAAAAUCUGUUUGCAGUACUAGAAAUCUGAUAAUGCAAUUUGCUAACUGCUAGGCUGCUAGAAUACAACUAUGUUGUAAAGUGAUCUAUGAUGCCACGUUUCAAAUAUACGUGUGGAAAAUUUAACAAAUCUAUACAGAUGAAUAAAUACAAAUUCUAGUGAGUAACUAUUACUAUUCCUAACAUUGAUUAAAUGUUUCCUUUUUAUUUUUAAUAUAUGUUUUCUCUUUUCAACUUUGAUGUAUUUCUGCAUUCCUUUAUCCCUGCAGUUGUGCUGGAAACUAUUACACUGAAUCAAAAAAAACGCUCAACGCCAACUAUUUAUUGUAGAUGGAUGAAAGAAUAGAUGCUUGAAAGGAAACAUUCAGAUUCAUCUGCGAUCAACCUGUGGGCUGUGGACACGUUUCUAGUGCUAGCAACCCAAUAUUAACAAACCUUGAAAAUUAAGUCAGUGGAAUACACCUAUAUAUUAAAGAGAUUUUUUGGUGAAGCUUUUUUAAUGAGAAAUGGAUCAUUGCCACAAUACAAUCAGAAGGAUAAGCAUUGAUUUGGUACUGGACAAGACACAAGUCUCAUCUUGAAAAAAAGCUUUAAUAAACUCCUUUAUAGACUCAUCCACAAGACUUCAUAGCUUCAGUGUAAGUAUAUGAUUGCAAAAAGUCUGUCAUUUAUUAGAAGUGAGAAAAGUAUUCCAGAAAGAAACCAAAAAAAAAAAAAAUCAGUAAAAUGAAUAACUCAACAGAAAUGACAAAGGAGGAGUGCGUCCUUAACCAAGUGGUACUGACACGAGUCCUGCCAAGUCUAUACACCAUUAUUUUCUUUGUUGGCAUUUGUCUCAAUGGGUUGAAUUUAUGGAUUUUUUGCUACAUCCCCAGUGACAGGAGCUUCAUUGUUUACCUGAAGAACAUUGUCGUGGCUGACCUCAUAAUGACCAUUACAUUCCCAGUGAAGAUAUUGAGUGACGCGAAAAUAGGUCAUGAGAUGUUGUACAUAGUAGUCUGCCGUUUUUCUCAAGUGGUUUUUUAUUUGAACAUGUACAUCGGUAUUUUGUUUUUGGCCAUUCUCGGCUUUGAUAGGUACUACAAGAUUGUAAUGCCAAUGCAAUCAUCUUCUUUCCAGACAGUCAGCUUUAGCAAAUUCAUCUCAGCUGGUAUAUGGAUAACAAUGGCUAUUAUUACAGUUCCUAAUAUGAUUCUAACGAACAAGCCUUCUUCUGGAACUGGCAAAACAAACUGUGCCCAGCUAAAAAGUCCACUUGGUGUACAAUGGCACAAGGCAUCAAAUUAUAUUUGUAUAGCUAUAUUUGUGUUUGUGUUUUGUUUACUCGUUGUGUUUUAUCUCUCUAUUUCAAGAAAGAUUUAUAAAUCCCAUCAAAGAUUGAGAAGAAAUUCAGAUGCAAGGAGAGCAUCCAAGAGAAACAUAUACAGCAUUCUGUUUGUUUUCUUUGUGUGCUUUGUCCCCUAUCAUGUUUGUCGAAUUCCAUACACCUUAAGUCAGACUGGCUCUAAUUACAGCUGUCAAGUCCGCAACACCUUGUUCUAUAUCAAAGAAAUUACAUUGCUGAUGUCAGCAUCUAAUGUCUGCCUGGACCCUGUCAUUUAUUUCUUUAUGUGCCAACCAUUUCGAAAAAGGCUCUUUGAAAAAUUACAUAUUAACAACAGCAUCCAAGAGACUGAAAGAACAGUAAGAAUUUCCUCCACUCGGAUAUUAUAAGCUGUUAUUGCAAUAUUGAGCACUUUUGGACCUUUUAGGUGAAACUGCCCAUAAAGUAUUAUACAGAUGUGUCUUGGUUUAAAAUGGACAUAUGUAUAUAUUUUUCUAAUAUGCACAGAAUUUGACCUCACAGCCUUCCUUCUAGUUGCAAACUUGGUCUUCUGAAACAAAUGCAAACUAUUCAUAAAAUAUGACUGUAUAAUGGAUUUGUUUUAUGCAUUAUUGUCAGUGAUUGUAUAAAAGAAUUGGAGUAUUUUAGCAGAAGUGAACUGAUAAACAAUAUCCCAAGCAAUUUACAGUAGGGGUAGGAAGCAUCUCCAAUGCUUUAAGGCCAGCACAGGAAAAAUAACCCACAACAUCUGGACAUGUAGAAGUAGCCUAUUCCUGCUUUAAAGGGUCACUCUAUGCACCAUACACAAUAAAUUAAUGUAGUGGUUACGUUGCUCUUAGACUGCAGGCAUCAUCUCUCUAUUCUUGAUCAAAGCGUUUUGAGCAGUUUGACCAAGAACCAGAGAAAGUUACCCAGAGCCCAAAAUAGCAAGCUCAGCCAACUAAUGCCAUCCAAAUAUUGGUGAAAUUUAGCUUUACAACAUUUAGUUGUAGCAAUCUGAGAAAUGAAUUGCAAUGUUUUGAGAAUUUAUCCAGAUCAGGUGUUGAUAUCUACAUUUUGCAAUUUAGUUUUCAGUUUACUACAUUUCUGCAUGUAGUGAAUGAACCCUCACUAUGUUUCCAAUUCAACUAAUCUGGCCUAAAACUUUUAUUUCCUGGGCCAUUUCCCAACAAUUCACAGUGCUUAGGCUUGAUAAACACUGAUUUGGUUGCAGGAUAGAAAUGUUUGAAAAAACACUUUGGGGUUUAUUUACAAAACACUGACAGGCUUCUUCAGUAACGCAAGAACUGUCAGUAAAUCAUCUUUCAAAUUUAGCACCAAAAUAGCCUUAAUAGAAAAUUCUCAAGCUCGACUUUGCUUUUAAUUUCACUAUAGUGGCCUAAAAUUUGAAAUUCAGUUUGAAUUUCCAACAAGUCUUCCUUUUGUGAAUAGCCCUGCAAAUUAUAGUGAAUUGAAAUCGGUAUUGCUGAACUGGAGAAUUUUCAAAAUCAGUUACUGUUGACUAAAUGUUGCAAUCCAGAUUUCAAGCCAUUGCAAUUUGUUUUGUAGUAAAUAAAAUAAUUUUCCAUUUUCAUUAUUUUCACUAUUACAUAACUAUCUCCCAAAGGGUUGUAGCAAAAUUUUACCUCUGCUUGAAGCUACGAGCAGAGCUACAUAACUGUGUAUUUAUCUAGCCCUUACUACAUGCAGAUAGGUUUUAUAAAUUAUCCUCCAUGGGAAGAAUUCAAACUUAGUUUAAAGGUAAAAUUAAUUAAGAUCUAUACAAAAGCUACAAAGUAACCAACAGUAUUGAGAACUUUCUGCAGAAAUCAAGGAAGUAAUUGAAAGUAUCUCCCAAUGCAUGAACAUUGGUUGAUAACAUGAUUAAUUUUAUACAUUCCCCAGACAACUUUCAGGGUUAUUCACUAAUAAUCUGUAAACUGUCCAGAACUGAUAAGGGAACGGUCAUUGUAGGUCAAUGGCUCUGGCUCUAUAGGGUCCUUGGGUCCACCUCACCUUCUGGGCCCCCUCCCGCAUGGCUCUAGGGGGAGGAAGGGGUUAAAGGCUUACCUUUCUACAGCGCCGAGCUCCCUCGGCGCUGGGGACUCUCCUCCUUCUCCUUUUCCCAUAAUCGGCUGAAUGCGCAUGAAGCGCCUCUAGCGGCUGUCAAUGAGACAGCCAAUAGAGGCUGGAUUAACCCAUUUGUAAACAUAGCAGUGGUUUACAGCAGAAAGGGUUAAUCCUAGAUGGACCUGGCACCCAGACCACUUUAUUAAGCUGAAGUGGUCUGGGUGCCUAUAGUGGUCCUUUAAAUGUGUAAUUAGAUGGCCUUUUCUUAGCAAUUCUCAGUUCAGUUAAUAACCUUCAAAGCAAAGAAAUAAAUCUGGAAAUGUAAAGAGUUUAUUCACUAGACAAUGAAAUGUAAGAAAUUGUAAACUGAACUCUCUAGCUGGAAAUUCUCUACAUUGACCAAAGCCUGGCAUUAUAUGAUGGUACUCAUUGGCUGACAGAACUCAGCCGACUCUCUCGGCCAGUGAAUUGGCACUACAAGAAAUUACGGCUCCAGAACAGGAAUGAUUGGUGUCCAGCAAACCCCAGAUAAGCUGUCAAGAUAUUCUCAAAUGAAUGGUUUGACAAUAUACUGGCACCAAAAUCCACUAAAGCAGGCUCUUCACUACCAAAAUUUAGCAGUAUGAGAUUUAGUCCAUAAAGUGCCCCAUUCACUUCAAUUUAUACCCUCAAAAUACUGCUAGUCUGUAGAGGGACUCAUUUAUUUGCUAGAAACCACUAGCCACUGAUAGAAUGCCUGAAAAUGUAAGCUUACCCCUUGAUUCCAAAUAGUUCAAGAAGUUUCAGUUGGUCAUAUAAUUCCUACAGCCAGGGAGGAAUGAAUAUCCUUUACCAUUUCACUGUCAGCAUUACAUUUGCAUCCCAGAAAUUGAUAAACAUUGCUAAAACAGUUUUAAACUUCUUUAUUUUAGAAACAUUUGAUUUUACUGUACUGUAUGUUGGAAUUAUGCAUAAAUGCAGACAUUAAUUUUACAUUCUGCUGCCAUUUUUAGUAAGUUUAACUAGUAGUAAUGUCUACAGGUAUUUGACCAAUUUUAUUUAUUUUUGUCCACCUACUGAAUGUGAGAAAAUUGAAUUUUUUAUACUAACAUUUCAGACUCUGUGUGAAAUAUUAUCAGAUAAAAAGACACUGCUGUAUACCGUCUAAAGCUUUUCAUUUCCCAAAUAUUUUAUAAAGGAUGAACAAGUGAAAAAUACAUACUGUGUAAAUUGACAUCAUUUUAAUUGUUAGGUUUGUCUGCAAAGAAAUCUAUACACAAUAAUGCCGUGUUAUCUGUUUGUAUGCUAGCUAUACAUCCCUUUCUGCAAAUAAAUGUUAUGCUAAUAUUUUUUUUUUAAUAAAAAAAAAUGUUUGGUAGUGAGGGGGUUAGGUGGAAAAUUCAUAUUUGUGCAAAAAAUAUAUAUUUCUUCAGCUUGGCCCUUUUAGCUGAAAUUUUGUAAUUCUAAUUUUUACUGCAACAUGGAGCUUAGUGAUUAACUAUGUGAAUGUCACUUUUCCACACACCAUUAACACUUUACAAGUCAGAAAGACAAAUGAUAUAUUACACUGAACAGAGAUGGUUAAUCUUCAAGUUAAGACUUGGUAGAUUUGAAGUACUAAGACAUUUUUCAACCAUUAAAUAUUUGUCUAAUAAGAGGAAAAGAUCCAGAAGGUGACUUAGUCAACACAGCUGUGGAUCAGCACAGACCUUGUUUAUCCUUUCAUUGUAGUUUUUAUUUUUUUUUGUACACCCUAAAACAAAAAUAAUUGCCAGUCAUGGAUUUAUGCGUUUCAAUGCCGAGAGACAUUCAGUAAUCAGCGACAGCUAUGUAAACAUGCAUUCUAAAACCUGUCAAUUCAGUACCUGGAUAAAGGAUCACAAUUAAAAUCAAUGAAGCACGUUACACGUUCAACAAAAAAAAUGAUGGCACAUACAAAUGCAUGUAUUUAUCAGGUCACACAUUGGUUCCCAAGGCUGCAGUUUACAGAUGGAUAUUUGCUUUGGAUUCAAUCAUAACAUCCAUUCAUAGGUAAUGUCAGUUAUUUACCUUUAAAGUUUCUGCCCUAGGUUUUAGCCAUUAAGUUAGAUAUAACACAUUGGGAUUGACUGACCAUGUAAUGUCAAGUAGACUUUCCAUUUACAGCAAGCGAUUGAAUUCACAGGAUAUUUGGUUGAAAACUUCGUAGCCAAAAAGUGUAGCAAUUAUUGCCUGGGAGGUUAUGAUCUUUUCAUGUUUGUGGACACUACAAGAAAAAUACUUUUCCUGCAGCAUGUAAAAUUAAUAUAUUGCAGGAAAAAAUAUUUAAUAUGAUGGACCCCAAAAAGUAACUAUUGUACUUUGAUUACCUAAUGUACUUGUAUUUUUUGCUUGAAAAUGUAAAUUAAACAGAUUACAGGGUAGUACUUUUCAUGUAGAGCUCAUCUGUACGAAUAGGUGACAAAUGUCCAGGUAAACACGGUGAAUGAGGAUAUAAUGAAAAGGUACUUCAAUUUAAAUUUUAAAGUCAUAUGUAAAAUUGUUGCACAACUAAUAGUUAGAAAAACUAAAAAAGGGCAUACCCUAUAGAUUUAGUUACAGGUAACAAACUAAAAAUGUCAUAUUGUGCAAAUUAAUUUAAACUUUAAGGUGCCAUGUGUACGUAUGGUUCUACAGAUGGAAUAUCUGAGUGUGCGUGUUUUAUUAGUGCAUUAUGUAGCAUGUUGCCAAAUAUCAGAAAACAUAUAUUUUUUGUAAAUAAAUAUAUAUUUGUGUUGUUUCUACUUAUUAUAUUUUUCCUUAG